GGCGGCUUGAGGUCCCGGGAGUCGGUGAGGCGGCUGCAGGCCCCUCCCUGCGGAGCCGCUGGUUCGGCGGGCGGGGAUGUGACCACGGGACGUGCCGGCCUGCCUCGGGCGUCACGUCAGCUCCCGUGUCAGUGUCCUCAGCGCACACCGAUGGCGGGAUCCGGCUGCGCGUGGGGCGCGGAGCCCCCGCGGUUUCUGGAGGCCUUCGGGCGGCUGUGGCAGGUACAGAGCCGCCUGGGUAGCGGCUCCUCGGCCUCGGUGUAUCGGGUGCGCUGCUGCGGCAACCCCGGCUCACCCCCCGGCGCCCUCAAGCAGUUCUUGCCGCCAGGAACCACCGGGGCUGCGGCCUCGGCCGCCGAGUACGGUUUCCGCAAAGAGAGGGCGGCGCUGGAGCAGUUGCAGGGUCACAGAAACAUCGUGACUUUGUAUGGAGUCUUUACAAUCCACUUCUCUCCAAAUGUGCCAUCACGCUGUCUGUUGCUUGAACUCCUGGAUGUCAGUGUUUCGGAGUUGCUUUUAUAUUCCAGUCACCAGGGUUGUUCCAUGUGGAUGAUACAGCAUUGUGCCAGAGAUGUUCUGGAGGCCCUUGCUUUUCUUCAUCAUGAGGGUUAUGUCCAUGCAGACCUCAAACCACGUAAUAUAUUGUGGAGUGCAGAGAAUGAGUGUUUUAAACUCAUUGACUUUGGACUUAGCUUCAAAGAAGGCAAUCAGGAUGUAAAGUAUAUUCAGACAGAUGGGUAUCGGGCUCCAGAAGCAGAACUGCAAAAUUGCUUGGCCCAGGCUGGCCUGCAGAGUGAUACAGAAUGUACCUCAGCUGUUGAUCUGUGGAGCCUAGGAAUCAUUUUACUGGAAAUGUUCUCAGGAAUGAAACUGAAACAUACAGUCAGAUCUCAGGAAUGGAAGGCAAACAGUUCUGCUAUUAUUGAUCACAUAUUUGCCAGUAAAGCAGUGGUGAAUGCCGCAAUUCCAGCCUAUCACCUAAGAGACCUUAUCAAAAGCAUGCUUCAUGAUGAUCCAAGCAGAAGAAUUCCUGCUGAAAUGGCGUUGUGCAGCCCAUUCUUUAGUAUUCCUUUUGCCCCUCAUAUUGAAGAUCUGGUGAUGCUUCCUACUCCAGUGCUAAGACUGCUGAAUGUGCUCGAUGAUGAUUAUCUUGAGAAUGAAGAGGAAUAUGAAGAUGUUGUAGAAGAUGUAAAAGAGGAGUGUCAAAAAUAUGGACCAGUGGUAUCUCUGCUUGUUCCAAAGGAAAAUCCUGGCAGAGGACAAGUUUUUGUUGAGUAUGCAAAUGCUGGUGAUUCCAAAGCUGCUCAGAAAUUACUGACUGGAAGGAUGUUUGACGGGAAGUUUGUUGUGGCUACGUUCUACCCGCUGAGUGCCUACAAGAGGGGAUAUCUGUAUCAAACCUUGCUUUAAUCAGUAACCUAAGGACUCUUUCCUGUUUUUCCUCUUCAAUUUCUUGGGUUAUUGUAUUCCACAUCUGAAUGCAGGAGUACCUCCUUACCAUUUUAAGGGGGUACUUUGUACAUUUAUUUAAUCCUACUAAUGUGUAGCCAUUGCCCAAGCAGUGACUGCAUCAUAAACAUUUGGCACUGAAUAGGACAAAACUUCUCAGCUAUACAUUGAGGGGUUUUAGAGCAUCCAUGUGGGCAAUCUUUUUUUGUGCAGUAGAGCAGGUGCUGCUCUUCAAUAUGUAACCUAAAAAGAUAUUAAUUAUUCCAUGUGAUCAUGAAGCAAGGAUGAAUAGUAUCAUGUCAUAGUGAAUAUUAUUAACAGAUUUGAUAGGGUUGAUAGCAUCACUUACAGAUUAUUCCUUUAUGUUGUCAGGUGGUUCUUCUUUAUUGUUGAUAUUUAUAGCUGGCACUGGAUGCUCUCAGUAAUGUUAAGUAAUUGUCAGGCAGCAGUUACUUACUGUGUUCUUAACACUGAGUUGUGAAUUUUUUAAAAGGAGUACUGUAGUAUUGAAUAUUCCUUUAAAGAAACUGCAGUGAGCCUAUCUACUUUUUUUUUUUUUAUUAAGGCUUUUAAAAUAGAAAGCUGAUGCUUGAUCUUGCACAAUUUUUAUGUCCAGUAUGUAUGCUUGAGUGAGUGCAGGUAUGAAAGAUUAGAGAAAAUUUGAGUCAGUGUACUUUGUAGUGUGAAUCUUGUGAGUUAAAUACAGUCUACUCAUCUCUUUCCUAUCUGUUUCACAUCUGUAAAAUUUAGGAUAUACAUUUUUUGAGAGCUGGUCUGUCUGAUAAAAUGUAAAUGACAAAACAGUUCAUUCCUGAGAGGCUCAGAACAAACUGGAGUCUAGACUGGGGUUACAUUGAAACUCUUAAAGUGAUUAUUGCAAAGAAAAAGUUUUAUUACACAUAAAUCACCCCAUCCUUCAAUCAAUUUUAGACCCUGUAUUGGCUCAUCAUUUUUGUACUGAAUCUCCUAUAAUAAUUGUAAGAUUUCUCAAGAUGUGGUUCUACCUACUAUGAUGGAAAAUUGAAGUGAGUCAAAAAGAAAGAAUUAGAUGUACUGUGGAGGGAAAAGAAAAAAUAGGCAAAGAGGAUGGAUAAUUUUUUCUUCCUUUCUGGCUCUCUUUCCCCUCUGCUCCUCCUUCCCUUUCGCCAUCCUCUACCUCUGUCCUUAGCUGAAGAGAAGCUAGAGGAAUAGCACCCCAGGUGGCCUUGCUUUUGACUGCAAGGAAGUUACGAAAGGUGUAGAAAAAAUAAAGUAGAAAUAGAAAGGAAGAAAAACUCAAAGAAUUCUUAAAAGGUUUCAUAACAAUCUAAUGUAUCCCUGAGUAGAGGAUGCCAGUAUGCAUGAGUUCUUGUACACAGGUUGAUUACAUGGUUUUAAGAAUUAUAAUUAUGGAUUCUUCUCACUUUAUGGUAGAUUGUUUUUAAAGGUAUAACAGUUAGGAAACCUUCAUAAAGCACUGAUUAUACAAAAAAAAAAAAAAAAAAGAUAAGUUGUAUACAGGUUAUGAAUUUUUUGUUUCCUUACCUGAAUGAAAUUUUAAUUUAUUCAUUUUUUUCCUAAGGAAAAAUUCUUUUAUAUCUUUCCCUGCUGGAAACUUUCUUAUAUAGUCUUUCCUUACGUGUGCCAUGUGGGUUACUGAGAGCCCAGUUAGAAUUUACAUUUUAGAGGUUGAAUUAUUUUACCCUAUUUAAACAAUCACUAUUUGACAUUUUAGUUAUUUACAGUUAUCAAAUUAUUCAGGACUCUCCCUUAAUAUUUAUUAUGGUGUCAAAUUUGACAUAAGGAGGCUGAUUUAUGAAUUACCAAAGGAUCUUGUGGCAUGGUCCCCAAUAUGAGCCCUUAGAAGGAAGAAUUACUAUUUUUUAUUUUGGCCCUUUCAGAGGUUGAUUAGCUGAUUUGUUUUCAAGUAAAACUUCAAGAGAGUAAAACCAGUAUUGUGAGGACCUAAGCUUUCCUAAAACAUAAAUGUUUGUAUGGGGAGCAGCUUCUGUGGUGAUUAGAAACACCAGGUCCUUACAUAUAUACUAAUGAAUGCAGAAUACAAUUGAAUCAUUUUUAGGGCAAGUAUUCUAGGUUGGCAUAUGUACCUUUCUCUCACUCCAUUCCCCAAAAGAAAAAUCCUUACAAUAAACUGCAGUCGGCUUCUAAGCUUAGUCAUGCAGUAUGCUGCUGACAUCUUGAUGCUUAUUGUCACAGCAUUCUUUGAUCAUUUUAUUGCUGAUAUAUUCAUACAUAUAUGUAGUGUUUGACACUGUGGAAUUUUAUUACAGAAGAUGCUAACUAGAUUUUAAGGGAGCUGAGGGAAUAAUUGAUGAGCCUAAGUAACUGCAUUUCAUUACAUAUUUUAUAUUAAAGCCACAGAACUGAAAAAAAAAAAUGCCUCCUAUGAUUUAAAUGGUCAUUUUAUAGCUCUUUGCCCAUUCAACCAAAGAUGACAUUUGCAGAUUUUCUCUCCCUCCUCUGAUAUUAUCAGAAAUUUAAUCUUAUUAUCUUUUUUAAACCUAAACCAAAUAUUAGCAAAAGAUGCAAUUUUCGUGAUUCUUUUUGGAUGAAAUGUAUACACAGGGAUUUGAUUCCUUGAAGUUAUUGAAAACCUAGAAACUUUCUUUUUGAGAGGCAGGGUAAAGAGGUGAGGGUACAUGUCACUUAAUCUCUACCCUUUUGGGCAAAUUUUAUCUCAGGUAGCUUUUCUUUCCCUAAAUUAAUACCUGUGCUUCCUUCCCUCUCAUCUUCCUAAAUUCUUCUUAUUGUUCUGUGGUAUUGCUGUGGCAUAUUUUGCCCCAGAAAAGGCAUAUAAAGUGAUUAUUCUAUAGGAGAUCCUUGGUUCUCCAGAGGCAUGUUUGGAAGAGGUGGCUAGCUAGCUACUAUCAAAACUAUAAUGCUAUAUUUAGAGGAGAAGAACUGGUACAGUUGGACACCUCAGUAAGAGAUAACACUAGCUAAAAGUAAGUAUUGGCUGCAGUUUUAAAAAUUGAAAGAAAUUAUUCUCUUGCAAUAAGAGGUCUACAUUUAUUACUGCUGGAUGUCUUCCUUGUUUUGUGGCCAUCAAUAUAGCAACUCUCUUUAGACACAUUUCCUUUCAGCUAUGCCUUGAGCCAAAACUGUGGCUGCUUUUAGAACAAAGCCCAUCAAUACAGUUUUAUUCAUCCAUCUCUUUGUUUUCAUUGAGAGAAGCAUUGCCUUCUUUUUGGUACUCCAGCUGCUAAAGAGUGCUGAGAUAUGUUAAAUUAACCUUUUUAAAAUAAAUCUCUGAAUUCUUAUUUAACUUGCCUUCUAGAUUCAUGUUACUUGUACUUAUAUUUUAACUUUUGAGGAGAUAUAUUAUAAGGAAUGCUGCCAAAAACAGUGCUGCCAUGGAGGGGAAGUUGAAGAGAAACUACGGGCAUAAUGCUUGUUUUUCUGUCUUAUUACAGUAGACUUUCACUCUGGGAAGGGCAUCAUUUACUUUUCUGGAAUAAAUUAAAGGUAGAGUUAGAACACUCAUCAGAUCCUGUUUCAUGGCUCAUUUGAGUUCAUUCAUCAAAUGCAGGUAACUAACAUUUUGGCAUCAUUUUCUUAGGUCUUAUUUUCUGACUUUAUUAAAUUGGGCCUAUCUUACAAAAUUCCUACUCUCAGUUAAACUUGGUGGUAUGACAUUUAAUUUUUUAUAAUUAACUUAAUGAAAAUCAGCACCAUAGUAACUGAUAGUAAUUGUAAUAACAUGCUUACUGGAUGAGAGAGUGGGAGAGACAGUCAGUAACCAAGUGUUUUACCUAGAUUCUUAUCAAGGGUACAUGCCAGGUGUUUUUUUCAGAUUGGGGUACAGAUGGAAUCGCAUCAUGACUUUUAGUCUGGUGGAUGUGUAGAUAGCUGAAGAUUUAAGCAAGUGCCUUGUGUUUCCUGGAAAAUAUUAAAACUCGUUUGGGUGAAAGUUUCCCAGAUGAUGAUAAUUGCACCUCUGCCUUUUUCUUAACUUUUGGAUUGAAUCACAUGGUGUGAAAGUCCAAAAUUUCCUUGGUUUACCUUUUUUUGUAGGUGUUGAUUUUAUUCCAAUAUUACAUAUGCUGGAAAAGCCAGAGUUAUCUGGCAGAAUUUAAUUCUUCUUGGAUCUAGUUCCAUUUUUAAUGUUAGGUUUCUUUUCAAAUUUUAUUACUCUAGCUCUCUGAUAUAAUUAAUUUCUUCUGAGGUCACAGCUCAAAAGAAUUCUCAUUUCUUAAGGUGCCCAAUAAAUCAUCUUUAUUUUGAGAUGAUAGUCUUUCAAGUUAGUAUUACUUACUAGCUUUCUCAGUGAAUAUAAAAAUGCUGAGUCUUCAUCAUAUGGACCUCAUCUGAGCUUCUUGUAUAUUUAAAUAAGUUACAUUCUUAAUCAUAGAGAAACAUGGAUAUUUUAAUUUUUGGAGUACCCAGAAUUUUAAAGAUUUUUGUUUUGUUUUAGAUUAGUUUCUUUUCUCUCUGAUACCACAGAAUAUGUCAUGUUUGUUUUCCUAGCCGUCUCCCCUAAAUGUUUUUCACUAUUUUUUAAGUCAAUCAUCAGUAGAUUCACAAAGUGGCAUGCAAUUGACAAGUGCUAUGGAUAUUUAAGAAGAAGGUAAACAAUUUAAACUAUUUUUGCUGUAAUUUUAUAGAAGAAAUGGGCUGUAAAAGAAAUAUCUAUAAACCAGAGAGCAUUUAAGAAAUUUUAUAUUUUAUGGGUGGUCAUUAAGGUGAUCUAUAGAAUAUAAGAUACAUAGUUUACACAAACUUUGUUCUCCUGAUAUGAAGUUUUUAUUCAUAUUCCUACAGCUCAGCACUUUUGUUGUUCCUUGUACUGCUUAUGAGGAUAACUUUUAAAUUUGCUUUAUUUGUGCUUUUUAGAGAGUUGUCAUAAUCAUGGUAGUUGUGUUUGUGGCACCGUAAAUGCUGGGAUUCAUGGGAAACUUAUCCAGUGAUUGCCUGAGUCAUUUCCCAUUAAAUUGGGUAGCUGUCACAAUAAACUGAAGAAAAUUGAUGGUUCUUUUGAAGACCAUCUAUGUUUUAUGACCUAGAUUCAUAGUAUUUUAAUUUAAAGGUAAAUCUUACUUGCCUUAUAUGGCCAUUAAUCCUUGUUGUGCAGAAGAGAGCUUACAUUGUUAUAUUGCUUUGUAUAAUGAAAGUAAGUCACAUUCUGGAAAAAAGAAACAAAAAUAAUGCCCCGGAAUUGUUCAUCCUUUUGUUUCUUUUGGGGAAGCCCUUAUGUAAAAAUCAGAGCUUCUUACUACCAUAAGCUCUUGAUUGUCAGCAAGAGAAUUAUUUGUAGUCUUUUUUUAUCUGAGAUUGGAAUUGCCUUCCUUUUCAAGAUUAUCUCCCCUUAACAAUAUUCAUGAUAUCAGGACGAUGAGUGUGUAAAAGCAAAUGUAGUGAAGCAUUCUAAAAUCAUUUAUGUAUGUACUCAAAAUCUCUUCAGUUACUUGAAUUAUCUGUAGCCAUGUUAUUUUAUUAGUGUGGGUUGUCAGAAGACUGCCAAAGUAAGAGUAAGGAGGAAAAAGAUAACUAAUAAAAAUAGAGAAAUGAGGUGAAGAAAAUGGCUCCUUUACUGGUAUCUUCCAUAUAGUUAAGGAUCUAAAAAUGAUGUUUAUUUUUUAAAAAUACAGGUUUGGUACCUAUAGCACAGAAACAUUGCCUUUCCUACAUUCCUCGCUAUGGUUUCCCCAGAAAAUUAUUGUAAGGGUUUAUGAAACCAGGUUAAGUAUUCAUAUUCAGUUUGGCCUAAUAUUUAAAAAUAAGUGUUUGAGCUCCACCUUAUGUGUAUAUGGUGUAUAUCACUACUGAUGCAAAUCAAGGAUUGGAAAGAAACUGGGGAUUAGCCAUCUCCGUAUAUCCCUUUGCACAUUGGAUACAGUGGGUGGCAUUAGUACGCACUAGCUGCAAAAUUACAGCACCUUAUGGAACUAAGUAGUGUUUAUUUAUUAUAAUAAAAAAAGUUAAGCUGCACCUCUUUAGAAAUUUACUUUGCAGCUUGUAAACUGUCAUGUCUUUUCCAGCAGGAUUUAUUAUUUCAUUCUUAAUUCUUUUUUGAAAAAUCUUAAAUAAUUUAACAUUCCUUUAUAUUCUUUUAACAGUGUCAAACUGGUGUAGAAGGGAUUUUUGCCCCCAUAUAAGAGCUCCAUCUUUGCUAUCUUUUGAUCAGUCUUAGAAAUCCAGUUAUGAUCAAUAAAUUUUAACAGCUUAUGACCUCCUAUGUCAGCACUGGAGUGGUUGGUUGUGAAUAUUGAAAUCUAGUACUAUUUUCCUUCAGUCACAUGUAAUUGCUGUGUUUCUCAUAAGAAGGUAUGGUUAGAAAAAAAUGUGAAAGAUCACUUAAACCAAAGCCAGUUAUAAGGAGUAUUCUCUCCUGUUGGUUUACCUUCACCUCAGAACUAUAAGAAUAUUACAAUACAUAGUGAAUAUUUGUCUAUAACAUUUCUACCUGUUGUUUCAAUAGCAUAUCAGUCUUGGCAUUUCUUGGCACUGUGGUUUUCUGUUCUUUGUGAUGUCUUAUUGUUUAUGAGGGUUUGUUCUGUUUUGUUUUUUAAAUAACCAAGUGGGACUAUAAAUGUAAAUGUGUGUCAGUGCCAAGAAGUUCUUUUCGGAAUCCCUAAGUAUCUGAUUUCCAUUCAAGUCUUUUAAACUUGGUUUCUCUUGCUGAGUAGCAGAGGACUAUUAUUUUACACUUCCUAUACACCUAAAAAGUAUGAAUACUGCGUUUUUGACUGUAUUGCGAAUUUUUGCUGAAAACUUUCUGUAAACACAAUUGCCUUGUUCAGUUUUGUUGUAAACUGACUUAACCGUAAGAUGCACUGUUGAUAUGCUUUCUGAUGUGUGUUUGAUAAGAGUGAUAAAAUAAAGCUUAAAAAUAAA